CUCUCCGCCCGCUCCGGCUGCAGCGUCCGCUGCAUCAAUAAUUCAGAGCGGCGGCGGCGGUGGCAGCGGCGAGUGCGGACAGGAGGCGGCGGCAACAGCGGGGACCAGGCAGCAGAGGCUAUGCAUCCAAGUGCGGCUGGGCGGCCGCGGCACCCCUGAGGCCCGGGCGGGGCUCUGGGUACAAGGCGCGCGGGGACAUUUGUUCUGGAGUGCGAGAGAGAGGCGUAGUAGCCCGGGAGGCGUCGGCAGAGCUGCGCACAGAGCUGAGGAGGGGGCUUCGGAGCAGGACUGGGGAGGGGGGCGGCUGGCGCUGGCAGCCCCCGGGGUGGGGGGCGGGGUGGGCGCCGGAGGCGCGAUGCUGGGAGUCGUGGAGCUGCUGCUGUUGGGGGCUGCGUGGCUGGCAGGCCCAGCCCGCGGGCAGAAUGAGACAGAGCCCAUCGUACUGGAGGGCAAGUGCCUGGUGGUGUGUGACUCCAACCCCACGUCUGACCCUACGGGCACUGCUCUGGGCAUCUCUGUGCGCUCGGGCAGCGCCAAGGUGGCUUUCUCUGCCAUCAGGAGCACCAACCAUGAGCCGUCCGAGAUGAGUAAUCGCACCAUGAUCAUCUACUUCGACCAGGUACUAGUGAACAUCGGGAACAACUUUGACUCAGAACGCAGCACUUUCAUCGCCCCGCGCAAAGGCAUCUACAGUUUUAACUUCCACGUGGUGAAAGUCUACAACAGACAGACCAUCCAGGUGAGCCUCAUGUUGAACGGGUGGCCGGUGAUUUCAGCCUUCGCCGGUGACCAAGAUGUGACACGCGAGGCCGCCAGCAACGGCGUCCUCAUCCAGAUGGAGAAAGGCGACCGAGCAUACCUCAAGCUGGAACGGGGGAACUUGAUGGGGGGCUGGAAGUACUCGACCUUCUCUGGAUUCCUCGUGUUUCCCCUCUGACUGGCACGUAUCGGGAAUGGAGGCAGGAGAGAGGCAGGAGGGGAGUGAGAGGCCGAAAAUUACCAGGGCGAGGAAGCGGCGCCACCGGAAACUUCCUACGUGUUCCUAGCUACACUGGGUACAAGGUGCGCGCCGCCCGCCCGCGGUCCAACUUCGUCCGCUCCCUUACUAAGAGAAGUAAAUUUCGCUUAGCUCUGCACACUCCCGUUUCCAAAAUUAAUCUCGCCUCCCCUAAGCCAGUCGCAGUAAUCGAGGAAGAGACUUGCCUUGUCAUUAUGGUUCCUUACCCACGUCCUUGUCCCUGACAAUUAACGAAGUAAUGUGAAAUGUUUCUCCCGACCCGACCCCCCCCCUCUGAACCCUGCCACUUACUGAAACUUAGUAUGCCCCCUGCCCCAAUUUGAAGAGGGGUCAGUUUGUUUUCUGUUUCUGUUUUUGAAUGGGGCAGAUAGUUUUAAUAAGAUUUUGCUCUUCAAACACCGCGCCAGUUAAGCUGGAGAGAAUUCGUCCCCGCUUGUUAGCGGAGGAAAGACUGACCUUCGUGGUGGCUGGUUUAACUAUACAUAAAUACGUGUAUGUAUCAUUUGUACACGAAGAACUCUUCCAGGUGGCCGCUGGCUGUGUUCCGUAUUUCUGUCCUGUUCGGAGUGAUCGUGAAAUCUAAGGCUGCUUGGUGUUUGUUCUCUGAUGCUUGUCAAUGCCCUGUGUUCUGUGGCUCCACCAAACGCCAAGGAGGUUCUUCGGGACGCUUCUUCUCCCUCUGUAACAUACGUGUGAAUAGCCAAAUUUUAAUUUUGCUUUAAUCCAAUAAAGUCAAAGUGGGACUUUUA